UGCUCGCAGCUUCCGACCCGGCCCCGGACGGACCGCCGGCCUGACCACCGUCCUCUGGCCUCUGCCCCAAACCCGUCGGCAAGAUGUCGGUGAAGGAAGGCGCACAGCGCAAGUGGGCGGCGCUGAAGGAGAAGCUGGGGCCACAGGACUCAGACCCCACAGAGGCCAACCUGGAGAGCGCGGAGCCCGAGCUGUGCAUCCGCCUGCUCCAGAUGCCAUCUGUGGUCAACUACUCGGGCCUGCGCAAGCGCCUGGACAGCAGCGACGGCACCUGGAUGGUGCAGUUCCUGGAGCAGAGCGGCCUGGACCUGCUGCUGGAGGCGCUGGCACGGUUGUCAGGCCGCGGUGUGGCGCGGAUUGCGGACGCCCUGCUGCAGCUCACCUGUGUCAGCUGCGUGCGUGCCGUCAUGAACUCGCGCCAGGGCAUCGAGUACAUCCUCAGCAACCCGGGCUAUGUACGCCAGCUCUCCCUGGCCUUGGACACAUCCAACGUGAUGGUGAAGAAGCAGGUGUUUGAGCUGCUGGCCGCCUUGUGUAUCUACUCGCCUGAGGGGCAUGCGCUGACCCUGGAUGCCCUGGACCACUACAAGACGGCCUGCAGCCAGCAGUACCGCUUCAGUGUGGUCAUGAACGAGCUCUCUGACAGCGACAACGUGCCCUAUGUCGUCACUCUGCUUAGCGUGAUCAACGCCAUCAUCCUGGGCCCCGAGGACCUGCGCACACGCACCCAGCUACGGGGCGAGUUCAUUGGGCUGCAGCUACUGGACGUUCUGACCCGGCUUCGAGACCUGGAGGAUGCUGACCUACUGAUCCAGCUGGAGGCCUUCGAGGAGGCCAAGGCAGAGGAUGAGGAAGAACUGCUGCGGGUAUCGGGCGGGGUGGACAUGAGCAGCCACCAGGAGGUCUUCGCCUCCCUGUUCCACAAGGUGAGCUGCUCCCCAGUGUCCGCCCAGCUGCUGUCAGUGCUGCAGGGCCUCUUGCACCUGGAGCCCGCCCGCCGCUCCAGCCAGCUGCUCUGGGAGGCCCUGGAGAGCCUGGUGAACCGGGCCGUGCUCCUGGCCAGUGACGCCCAGGAGUGCACCCUGGAGGAGGUGGUCGAGCGACUCCUGUCUGUCAAGGGCCGACCCCGACCAAGCCCUCUGGCCAAGGCCCACAAGAGUGUCCAGGCCAACCUCGGCCUCAGCCAGAGGGGCAGCUCCCUGAAAAACGCUACCGAUGUAGAGGGCCAGCAGCCAGCAGCGGCCCACACCUGCCAGCACGCGGGCAGCGUUCCGGGCGAGAGUGACGUGCCAGCUCAGCAGCCACAGGCCCUGGGGCAGCGGGCAACCACCCCACCCCCACCUGCACCCCCGCUCCCCGGCACCACCACCGGUCCACCCCUCCCAGGAGGAGGAUGCCCACCACCACCCCCACUGCCUGGAGUGGGCUGGGGGCCCCCUCCACCUCCACCCCUACCCGGCACCUCUGGGGCCCCAACGGUGGAUGGCGUGGAGGAGGUCAUUGUGGCCCGAGUGGACCACAGCCUGGGCUCGGUCUGGGUCCCCAGCCACCGGCGGGUGAACCCACCCACAGUGCGCAUGAAGAAGCUGAACUGGCAGAAGCUGCCUUCCAACGUGGCACGCGAGGGCAGCUCCAUGUGGGCCUCGCUGGGCAGUCCUGGCACCGAGGUGGUGGAGCCCGACUUCUCCAGCAUCGAGCGGCUCUUCUCUUUCCCUGCUGUCAGGCCCAAGGAACCUGUUGCCGCUGCUCCAGCCAGGAAGGAGCCCAAGGAGAUAACCUUCCUUGACUCCAAGAAGAGCCUGAACCUCAACAUCUUCCUGAAGCAGUUUAAAUGUUCCAACGAGGAGGUCACCACCAUGAUCCGGGCUGGGGACACCACCAAGUUUGAUGUGGAGGUUCUCAAACAACUGCUCAAGCUCCUUCCCGAGAAGCAUGAGAUUGAAAACCUGCGGGCAUUCACAGAGGAGCGAGCCAAGCUGGCCAGCGCCGACCAGUUCUACCUACUCUUGCUGGAUAUUCCCUGCUACCAGCUGCGGGUGGAAUGCAUGCUGCUAUGCGAGGGUACUGCCGUGGUGCUGGACAUGGUGCGGCCCAAGGCCCAGCUGGUGCUCGCCGCCUGUGAGAGCCUACUCACCAGCCACCAGCUGCCUGUCUUCUGCCAGCUGAUCCUGAAAAUCGGGAACUUUCUCAACUACGGCAGCCACACGGGCGACGCCGAUGGCUUCAAGAUCAGCACACUGCUGAAGCUCACGGAGACCAAGUCCCAGCAGAACCGGGUGACACUGCUGCACCAUGUGCUGGAGGAAGUGGAAAAAACUCACCCGGACCUCCUUCACCUGCCCCAGGACCUGGAGCAGCCCUCCCAAGCGGCAGGGAUCAACCUGGAGAUCAUCCGCUCGGAAGCCAGCUCCAACCUGAAGAGUCUUCUGGAGACAGAGCGGAAAGUGUCUGCUUCGGUGCCCGAGGUGCAGGAGCAGUACUCAGGACGCCUCCAGGUUGGCAUCACAGCCUCCCGGGAGCUGGAUGCGCUGUUUGAGGCCAUCGAGCAGAAGCGGCGGGAGCUGGCCGACUACCUUUGCGAGGAUGCUCAGCAGCUCUCCCUGGAGGACACGUUCAGCACCAUGAAGACCUUCCGAGACCUCUUUGUCCGCGCCUUGAAGGAGAAUAAAGACCGGAAGGAGCAGGCGGCCAAGGCAGAGAGGAGGAAGCAGCAGCUGGCGGAGGAGGAGGCACGGCGGCCACGGGGCGAGAACGGGAAGCCUGUCAGGAAGGGGCCUGGGAAGCAGGAGGAGGUGUGUGUCAUCGACGCCCUGCUGGCCGACAUCAGGAAGGGCUUCCAACUGCGGAAGACAGCCCGGGGCCGUGGCGAUGCUGAAGGGGGCAACAAGGUGGCUUCAGCCGACCCCCCGAGGGUCCCAGAGCCUGCGGCCACCGGUGGCCCUGCAGGAGGCUCUGCUAGUGUCACCCGCUUCCCUGCCUCCGAGCCCGGCCUCCAUGCUGUGGUGGCCCACGAGACUCAGGGAUGGGACCUUGCAGAUGUUGUGACCCCCAGCCCUCAGCCCAGCCAGGAACAGUCAGAGGGGGGGCGGGCAGAGGCCCUGGAGAGGCGUUCUUCCUGGUACGAGGAUGCCAGCGAUGUCCUAGCCACCGAAGAUACCUGGUGUCCUCAGCCCUCUGAGGGGGCCUGGCCAGUGACUCUGGGAGACGCCCAGGCUCUGAAGCCCCUCAAGUUCUCCACUGAGCAUCCCUCUGGGGCCAGAAGUCCAAGCCAGGACACCGAGGACCCCACAUCCUCGGGGGGUGUUCUCCAGGCGGAGGCCGACAGCACAAGCCAGGGGACAGAGGACACAGCUAUCUGCGGCCACGGAGCCAGCCUCUCUGCCACAGGCCCCAAUGGGGACGAGGAGGACACAGCCCCAGAGUCUAUGCUGGACACGUCCUUGGACAGGUCCUUCUCUGAGGAUGUGGUGACCGACUCCUCGGGAUCUGGCACCCUCCCUAGGGCCCGGGGUCGGGCCUCGAAGGGGACAGGCAAGCGGAGGAAGAAGCGGCCUUCUAAGAGCCAGGAAGGCCUCAGACCCAAGCCCAAAGCCAAGUGAGGGGUUCUCGGCAUCCUUGGCACAGCAGGGGCCGCGGACUGGCUGCCAAGUGAGGUUCUUCCGGGCUGGGCUGGGCUGGGACUGGGCCCCAGGAAGCCAAAACUCUGUGCCUUACCCAGCUGGGGCCCUCCUUGAGCCUUCUUGGGCGUUGUGGCCAGGACUCCAGCAGGCACCGGUGCCCAGCCCAGCCUGGCGCCCUCCUGGUCCACCUGCACGCACCCAGCCUCCCUACCUGCUUCCGAA